AUGGCGGACGAGGAGGCCGAGCAGGAGCGCCGCGAGCACAGCGGGAGCGCUCGCGGGAUACACGCGCUCUCGGCCCGCCUGGACACGCUGGCCGCCGCCCUGGACGCCGGCGCGGGGCGCCCGGACGAGCCCAGCUCGCGCUACUGCCAGGCGUUCUGUAAGACCCUGGUGGAGUACGUGGGGAGGUGGAGAUCUGAGCAGGACCCAUGGCCCAUGCUGGAGGGCUACGCCGUGGCCCUGCUGAGCUACGCCCGGGCCUCCACCCUUCUCUCCACCCAGUGUGACGACGUCUCUGUCGUACUCGAGAGAGUCUCGCUGAGCUGUGUAGAGCUUCUUCUCUCCAUAUCAGACACUUUUCCAGAUUCACUGUGGCGACAGUUUCGGGCCUCAGUUCAGGCAGCUCAUUCGCUCCUGGAGGAGAACGGCAUCACCCAGCUACGCCUCCUGUCUGCUGCUGCUCAAGAGAAAGGAAUGUGGACCAAUAGCACGCUACAGGGCAUUCUCAACGAUGACACGCCUCCCGCCAAGACAGUCCAUGAGUUCCUCAGCCGUGAAGGUCCAGACCUGCUGCAGGUGCGCGUGAAGUACCUGAUUAAGGAGAACUACAUGGACAAGGCAGCGGUGCUGGCCAGAGCCUGUGUUGACUGCCCCGGGUUCCAGAGCAGGGCGGCGCACUUCAAGCAGAUUUACCUGGUGUGUCUGUGCACUGUUGCCCCACAGCAAACGCUGAUGGAUGAGCUCUCCAAGGUGGACUGUCGAGAUGCGCUGGAGAUGAUCUGUAACUUGGAGGCCGAAGGAGACGAGAGGGGAGCCUUCACUCUCUGCUCGGGCUUCCUGAGCCGACAGCUUCUCCAGGAAGACUCGUACUGUGCCUGGGAACUCACUCUUUUCUGGAGCAAACUCCUGAAACGUUUAGAGCCGACAGAACAAGGUUUUCUAGAACGAUGUCGACAGAUGUCACGUCUGGCCAAAACUGUAUUCCACUUACUGUUUUUCAUAAAAGUGAUCCAGUCAGAGCUGGACAAGGUCGGAUUGCCCGCCUGCAUCGAGAUGUGUGUCCGUGCUCUCCGGAUGGAAUCGUGUGAGGGACCUAGCAAAGCCACCAUGUGCAAAACCAUCUCGUGCCUGCUGCUCUCCGACCUGGAAGUGAAACGGGCCUGCCAGCUGACAGAGUUCCUUCUGGAGCCGACAGUGGACUCGUACUAUGCCGUGGAAACACUUUACAAUGAGCCAGACCAGAAGCUCGAGGAGGAGAGCCUUCCCAUUCCCAACUCUCUACGCUGUGAACUACUCCUGGUUUUCAAAACCCAAUGGCCCUUCGAUCCAGAAUACUGGGACUGGAAGACACUAAAGCGUCAUUGCUUAGGCCUGAUGGGAGAGGAGGCAUCCAUCGUGUCCUCCAUCGAUGAGCUAAACGAUGACCGUCCUGAAGACACGGAGCAGGAUUCCGGGUUUGUCCAGGAGGCAUUCAAGGAUGUUUCCGAGCACUUUUUAGAUGCUACAAAUGAACUUAAGGAAAUAGCAGACCAGAGACAGAAAAACCGAGAGAUCAAGAAGCUGAGGGAGAAAGGGUUUGUGUCGGCUCGGUUUAGGAACUGGCAAGCUUACAUGCAGUAUUGUGUCCUGUGUGAUAAGGAGUUCCUCGGUCACAGAAUAGUGCGUCAUGCACAGACUCAUUUCAAAGACGGAUAUUACAGCUGCCCGAUAUGCACGGAGACGUUUGAAACCAGGGAGAACCUAGACCCACACGUGACGUCCCACGUAAAGCUGUCUUGCAAAGAACGUCUGGCCGCAAUGAAAACCUCUAAGAAACUGGCGAAUGCAAAAAACAGUUCCCCUGUUGUCCCUGCGCCAAAGGCUAAAGGUGGAGACAGCCAGGCAUGGAAGACCAAGAGCAGCGGUGACACUGAUGGGACGAGCGUGGAGCCAGGGCACGUCCCUGGGGUGGUGGCAGACGGGGCACAGAGCAACAUUUGCCCCGUUCCGAACUGCAGGAAAAGAUUCAAGUACUUCCGGAAUCUCCUGGCCCAUGUGAAGGACCACGGGGAAGUAGGAGAAGCCCAGCGCUUCCUGGAGCUGCAGACCAUGCGGAUCGUGUGUCAGUACUGUCGGCGUCAGUUCGUGAGCGUCAGCCACCUCAAUGACCACCUUCAGGUUCACUGUGGUGCUAAACCAUACAUCUGCAUCCAACUGAACUGCAGAGCGAGUUUUGACUCCAACACCGAGCUUCUCGUGCACAGGAAAGACCAUCCGGUCUUCAAGGCCAAGUGCAUGUUUGCUGACUGUGGGAAGAUUUUCAGCGAGGCUUUUAAACUCUACGAUCACGAGGCCCAACAUUACAAAACGUUCACCUGCAGGGUGGUGGGCUGUGCUAAAGUGUUCCACUCUCAGUCACAGUUAGAUUUGCACAGAGAGAGCCAUGAGGCUAAGAAAACAGAAGAGCAGAUCCCCGAGGGUCCUCUUCUGGAGCCUCAGCCCGACGAAUCCUGUGGAUCAUCCAGGGAGGCUGUUGGGCACAUCAUCCUUCCAGCUGCCCAGUUUAACUCCGAUUGCUUGGUAGGUCCGUCAAAUCACCCGCCAGCCCUGGUGAAAGUGAAGCACUCCGUCGAAAGCAUGCUCAACAACUCGGAUUCCGGUGGCACACAUGCGUUUGACCCUGGAACAUACAAAAGUGAACCACCUGAUCCAAACCUCAUGCAACCACUCAUCCCACAAAUGGAGAAUCUAAUGGUCCAGCCCCUCGCCAACCCUUCCGUGUCCCACCUACAUGAACCGAGGGCAGACGACGCCUUGCUGGAGGCAUUGAUGAGUGACCCAAUGCUGGCUCCACCGUGCCCGGAUCCCCACACAUCCUCCUACCAGAGCAUUCUGGAGGACUUUCCACCAGUACCCUCCAGAGAUGUUUUACAAGGUCAGAUGCAGACUACAAUUUCACAGGCCCGUAAUCCGCCACCGUAUAGCAGUGCUAAAGCUGAAUAUGGACAGUAUGCUCCUAAUUCAAUAUCCCAGAUACAAGCACAGUACCAAGACCCAUAUAGGAAUAACGUGGAACCCUUACCACUGUCUGCCCAUAAAAGUACACAAGUAAUGCUAGAUUCUCAAAGGCAUCAUCAGCCUGCCUUUUCAGGCAGUGAACAGAGCAGACCAGUACAGUCAAUGCACACAAACACCCUGACCAGACCAGCACAGUCAGUGCAUACUAACAACCUGAGCCCAGACAUGAGCAGACCAGUACAGACAAUUCACGCUAACAACCUGAGCCCAGACAUGACAAGACCAGUACAGACAAUUCACGCUAACAACCUGAGCCCAGACAUGACAAGACCAGUACAGACAAUUCACGCUAACAACCUGAGCCCAGACAUGAGCAGACCAGUACAGUCAGUGCACACACUUACCCUGACCAGACCCGUACAGACAAUUCACGCUAACAACCUGAACCCAGACAUGAGCAGACCAGUACAGACAAUUCACGGUAACAACCUGAGCCCAGACAUGAGCAGACCAGUACAGUCAGUGCACACACUUACCCCGACCAGACCAGUACAGACAAUUCACGGUAACAACCUGAACCCAGACAUGACCAGACCAGUACAGACAACUCACACCAACAACCUGACCCCAGACAUAAGCAGAAAAGCACAGUCAGUGCAUACUAACAACCUGACCCCAGACAUGACCAGACCAGUACAGACAAUGCAUGCACACAACCUGACCCCAGACCUGAGCAGACCAGUACAGACAGUGCAUGCAAACAACCUGACCCCAGGAAUGAGCAGUCCAGUACAGACAGGGCACCCAAACAACCUGACCCCAGGCAUGAGCAGUCCAGUACAGACAGGGCACGCAAACAACCUGACCCCAGGCAUGACCAGUCCAAUACAGACAGGGCACGCAAACAACCUGACCCCAGGCAUGACCAGUCCAAUACAGACAGGGCACGCAAACAACCUGACCCCAGGCAUGACCAGUCCAAUACAGACAGGGCACGCAAACAACCUGACCCCAGGCAUGACCAGACCAGUACAGUCAGUGCACGCAAACAACCUGACCCCAGGCAUGACCAGACCAGUACAGUCAGUGCACGCAAACAACCUGACCCCAGAUAUGACCAGACCAGUACAGUCAGGGCAGGCAAACAACCUGACCCCAGAUAUGACCAGACCAGUACAGUCAGGGCAGGCAAACAACCUGACCCCAGGUAUGACCAGACCAGUACAUACAAUGCAUGCUAACAACUUGGGCCCACCAGCUGAAGAGAAGCAGAGACAUGAGUGUGCAUAUGAAACAUGUUCCCGAGACUACAGCUCCUAUAGGAGCCUCACCAAGCACAUGAAAGCUGCGCACCCUGAGUUUUAUACACAGUGGAAACUAGUGAGGAAGAGCAAGAGGGAAGUCCAGUCCACGAGCAGAAAUUUGUCCACGAAUGGGAAAGUUAAUUCUGUUGCCCCUUUGCACAAACAGACGGGGCAAAGAGUUCCCGCUCCUGUGUCAAAAAUCCAGAACCCCGGUGUACAGCCAGCGAGCUCUCCAAGCUCCAGUUAUUCCUCUGGCUCCGCCCAUCUAGCAUCUUCCGCAGGCCAGACUUUCCCUAACCAGAUCGAGAAUAUCUUGGACCCCAUUGUUCUGUCACAGUUGGGAAACACUGCAGGUGAGUCUCACAGACCACAUGAGCCUUCAUGGAGCUGUAUCCCAGUGAACAGUUCACUUCAACAGGAGUCCUGCCAAUCACAAGGAAUUACUUCAAAUACGGACGCCCUCUCUGUUAGUCACUUUCCUUCACACAUGAACACGAGUUCACAAAGCCAGAGGCCAGAUGCCCAGUGUGGAGGAAGUGUCUACCCUCCUUUGCAGUCUCAGAAUAAUCUCCCGUGUCACUUUAUUCCUUCUCAGAUGGAAGGAUCUCAAAGGAUGUGUAAUCCAGCAAUUCCAGGCCACUCCAGUGAUUCAUCUGCGUCUCCCUACACUCAGCAGGCCAAGAGCAACUCUGUACAUGUUGUAAAACAUACUGAGUGUGUGGUAAAACUGGAGAGAAACCCCCACCUGGGGUUAACACCUUCCAACAGCAUGCCACAAUACACCCCUCCAACUGGGGUGAAUUCCCAAGGUUCCCACGACGACGGAGGCAGUUCCACGCAUGGUCGUGACAUUAAAAGAGUGAAACGUAACAAAAGGACAAAGUGGCCCGCCAUCAUCCGAGAUGGGAAGUUCAUUUGCUGCAGGUGCUUCAGAGAAUUUCAGAGUCCUAAGUCUCUUGGAGGACAUUUGUCUAAACGUUCACACUGCAAGGCCUUUGAUGAAGCAGAGCUCAGUGCAGACCUGCCCACCUCAUUUCUUGAUCUUUUAAAUUCCCCUCACCCUGUGAACACUCCCCAGAACCCCAGCCAGACCUUUCACGCGGUCAGUAAAGUUCCUCUUGAUCCAAAAUUAUUCCCCAAUGUCACUUUUCUACAUGGUGAAGAUUCCACAUACCCUAAUGAUCAUAAGCAGAGCUGCAAGAUCGUCAGACAGAGUUCAGCAAAUCCCUGUGAGCCUGUAGAAACAGGACAGCAAACCUUUACCAGUACCACACUGUCUUAUCCUCUCGAUGGACAAAACAGCCUGGUCAAGCCUGCUGAGAAUGGGAGCGAAGGGAGGAACCAGCAUCCAAUAAAAUUUACCCAGUCCUGCCACCACUUGCCCAGUGAUGCUGGUCUCUCAGAUCCACUACUGUCUCAUUUGCUAGGUGACGAGAACUUUGCCACCUCCUCUUUUAACAACCUUCCCACUGAUCAUGUUGGCAAAAUCCUUCAAACGGAAACACUAAAUAAGAUGGAAGAAAUCAGACAACGUUCUGCAGUUGUAAAUGCCGGCGGAUCGUCAGACGACGACCUUCUGGCUGCCAUGGCCAGCCUUGCUCAAAAUCUGGUGUCAGAAAAGAGUGUGAAGGAAAAACUCCGUGAACAGAUACUGGCUGGAGACUUUCACAAGAAAAACAGUUCAUGUGUUCAAUGUGUCGACAAUUCAAAUCCUCCACAAACAUCACAUGGGGUUCAGAAAGUCCCUCAGAGUAAUCAGCUCCAUGUUGGAAAUGGUGCUGAACUGUCCCCAGAAGGUUUGGCCCAGACUAGCAAUGUUGCUCCUGAUUCAGGUGCAUCUCAGAUCCCUGUGGCCAACAGUGUGAAUGAUAAUUUCACUAAAGAACCUCUCCCACAAGGAGACGAAAUGACAGAAAUCCAAAAAGCUCUUGAAAGAUUGGAUCUGGAUAGGGAAAUAGUUCAAAGUAACCAGGUCACCACUGAGCCUUCAGAGUCUGAUGGAGUGUCUGUGGCCUCUGAGGUUUUGAACUCCACUGUCAAGACUCCAGGCUACGGUUGUGACAGCGAUGGUUGUGGUUACAGGGCCAUGACCAAAGAUGCUCUGUUCAAGCAUCUAGUCAAGCUCCACAACUACACUGAUGAAAUGCUAAAUCAGUGGAGAAAAGAUCAGUUUAAAUUUGCCCCGUUUAGUUGUCAGAUAUGUUCCAAAACGUUUACACGAAACUCAAACUUGAGAGCCCAUUAUCAGACUGUUCACAACUAUUCACACGACCAGAUGCUGAAGACGAGAGUCAAACGUCACUACAGCCGAAAAUCUGUGGACGGUGGUGGACAUAGUCCCUGUCCCGCUCCAGGUACCAGUCUAGUACAGAAGACAGAAGGCGGACAAGGACCUGGUGCGCCGGUACUGCUUAAGGCAGACAGAAGUGUUAAAUCAGACUGCAGUAUUCAGCCCUUUGCACAACAACCUCCUCCUGGUCGCCCAGCGACUCCCCUGCAAAGCCAUCCAGUCCUCCAGAAACUGGUCACAUCAGGCCCUUCCUUGGAAACGGCCUCGAGCGUGAAGCAACAGCUGAACAGUCAGUUGACACCAAGACCUUUAGCACCCAGCCAGCACACCCUUGGCUUGACCCCUGGAGGCCUAGUGAUUCCAUCUACACCGAUGGGGGCCCAAACCCCGUCCAUCACUACACAGACGGGUAAUCUGUCCCCAGACAAGAAGCUGAAACAAGGAAGACUUAAAAUGCCCAAGACAAAAGAAAUGACUAAGAAGGCAAAAGAGAAAAAGGUGGAGACGGAUGACGUUUUCAGCCCCUACAGGCCGUACCGGUGCGUACAUCAGGGCUGCGUGGCCGCGUUUACUAUUCAGCACAACCUUAUACUCCAUUAUAAGGCUGUACACCAGUCCGUCUUGCCCAAGUUUGAAGAUGACAAUGUGGAGGAAGAAAAUGAGGAAAAUGAGGAGGAGGAGGAGGAGGAGGAGGAGGAGGAGGAGGAGGAUGUAUCUGAUACUGAGGUCGCUGAGGUAACAGAGCUUCGGUGUCAAGUCAGAGAUUGCUCUCGAGUGUUCCAGGCCGUUCCGGACCUGCUGCAACAUUACCUUCAGCUCCACAAACUGAGUCUCGACAAAGCAGGUGCCAUGAUGUCCGACAUGGACUUGGGCAGGUUUCAGUGUGAACAGCCAGACUGUGCUGUUACCUUCACUGCAUUUUGGAAAUACGUUAGCCACAUUGACCAGGAGCAUAAAGACACAAAGGUCUUGAGAGUGGAGGCUGUGGAUGGAGCGUUCCGGUGCGAAGUUGAAGGUUGUGACUGUGUUUACAGCACGCGGUCAAAUCUCUUGCGACACACCAUGAAAAAACACCCAGACCUUUAUAAACAGCAACUCUUGAACUCGAAGGAGAGCGAGAAGGGCCUGAAACUCGGUCGACCCCGGAAAUACAACCACGCCUGCCUUGAGAAGGAAAAUAGAGAGGUUAAUAAGAAACCCGUUUGUAAGGGGGGUGAGAAAAAGAGAAAAGAUGAGAAGAACCACUGGACAAAAUAUGGAAAACCCAUUCUGAAGACCACAGAGGAGGCGUCCGCACUGUGCACCAAGCAGUUUCCCCUCCAGUAUCCUUGUAUGAUCAAGGGCUGCGAGACUGUAACCAGCUCGGAACGAAACAUCAUGAAACAUUAUGUUCAGCACGGCCUGCCUAAACAAUACCUGGAGGAGCAAAGGAGCAACUAUAUAUACUGUAAGAAACUGCCCCGCUCCAGGUACAAACGGAUCGCCUCCAGGAGCGAUGACACUGAGAAGUCUGACGAGAGCUCCGUUGAGAUGUCUGAGAAUGACGAGGCUGGAGACUCCGAUCCAAGCAUGUCGGAGUUCUCCAAGCCAACAUCCGAGAAGGAGAGUACUGAAGACGCAGAGGCUUCGGACGCCAAGCCGUCCACCGACACAGGCUCGGAUAUCUCCAUGGUGAUCAAACGCAGGAGAGGACGCCCACGCAAGGGAGUUUGUGACCGAUCGUUUGCACACAAGAGGAUGACGAGGUCAAGAGCUGCGCAGAGUCACGCUGUCAACUAUGCAGACAUCAACUCGGACUCCACAUCGUCCAGCACCACGCUGGCCCAAGAGGAAGGUGCUGAUGAAAAUGCAACACUAAACUCGUUUAAACCUCUGGGCUUCGAGGUAUCCUUCCUUCAGUUCCUGGAGGAAUCCAGCCCAUCCUCGGGAAAGAGGAAAGCAUCCGUUAUGCUGGAUGUUAAUCCACGCAAAAAAACCUCCGCCAUACAACUAAAGACGGCCUCGGUUGUGUGCAGUCGGGCCGAGGCCGGAGACGUACUGAAACUCGUUGAAUUUAAGAACCCUCAGAAGCUCACCUGUCUUAGUAACGUAACGUUUGAGGUUCACAGAGGGUUUUCAAACGUGUCUGAACUAUUGCUCAAACAGCUGCAUGAAAUGCGACCUGCUGUGGUGAUCCACAAAAGAAGGUGUGUGUGACGCUACACAGCUGUUCUCCCGCCUGCGCCAAACAUCCGUCUCACUGCCCAGCAACUUCUGAGGGAUUUCUGUUCGGAUGAGUUGUGUAGGGAGUAAAGGUUGACUGAGUUUGUUCUGUUGGAAUGUUGGUGAAACAGUACAUGGCUAUGUGGAGGUGGGGGGGGGUUUCACAAAACACUUGUUAAAGGACUGUGUGUAUAAACUCAUUUUGUAGUUGAGAAAUGUAAUGAUAUACCUCCAAAGCAUGCUCCAACAAAGAUAUUUAGCACAUCUUGCCUUUGGAAAUGAACUUUGAAUGGAAUAUUAAAGAUUUACUUUAUAAAUAUUCCAUAGAAAUGUACUUUCUAAGUGAAACGCCCCUCUUCCACUUGGACUGGACAUGUUGUAGUGCAGUGUGUAAAUGGUAACUGUUUUGGUCUCGUUUACCGUACAUUGUAAAUCUGAAAUUGUCUGAUGUGGUGUUUGUGUGUGCUUAUACUGGCUUUCUGGAUAAACACAGCCACCAGCAGUCUGUACCUUAAACAUCUGAGACCAGUUUAUUACAGCUUGUGUUUUGUA